AUGAAGGAAAAAACGAUUAAACGAUUUGUUCUUUCCAUGGGGGUUUUCAUCUUUUUCUUACUAGUUUGCCCCUGGAAGAAAUAUUCUUUCGAGUUGUCUAAUUUUAACAAAUCCUUCGACACGACAUGCCACCCAAAAAAUGUACCAACUGUGCAAUUGGGCAGAAUACUAACCGGAGAGACCAUCACGGUGCAGUCUCCACCCAUAUAUACCAACUUAGAGGAUAAACUACUGGACACACUUGAUGAGAGCAGGGCUGAUGUGUUUAGCAAACGAUUGAACGAGUUAGUACGCGACGAAAGAUUUAAAGAGCAAUAUAAACACCUCUUCCACAGCAAUGAAUUCACGCAGAUUUUUUCCGACAUGAUCCUUGAUCAUGAAAAUUUAAAAAAAACAGGCGUACCAAAUGUGCCAAGUAUGUCGAAUUUUAUGAAUAAUCCUAGUUCAUAUUGGGAAGAAGCCAUAAAAAAACUUUCCUCCUCCGAUAGAAAAGAUGCUGCAGGAAAGUUUCUCACCCAUCCGAAUAGGAAUAGGCCCACAAGAAAGAAAAUUGACCAAUCAGACAAGUCCCUUAACUUGAAUAAUUCUAAUGAUGACUGCGUCCAUGAUUAUGAUGACCUAUCCACAUUUACUGGCAGUGUGGAAAGUCUCUUUCCAGAACAGCAGACUAAAUUUCCCCAUCAUCGUCAUCAUUAUUAUGACGAUGACUAUGUUGAUGAUGACCUGUCAACAAAUUGUAGCAGUAUGGGAAGUCUCUUUGAAGAACGAGAUCAUUUCCAUGAUGAUUAUGUUGAUGGUGAUGAUAACCGAUCUACAAAUUUUGGCAGUAUGGAAAGCAUUUUUAAAGAAGAACAACAGCAACAAACCACAGUUCCCCAUCAUCAUCAUCAUCGUCAUCAUUAUCAUUAUCAUUAUGACGAUCGUGAUCAUGACAUGUCUACGAACUUUGGCAGUGUGGAGAGUAUUUUUAAUGAACCAAAUGAUGAAUAUGCUGAUGACGUGUCCACGAACACUUACUCAUGCAAGAGUGAAUAUACUGGUACGGAUUACUACGAUUCCUAUGGGAAUCUCUACCAUGUAGUGGACGAAAAUAAUGGACAUGAACGAGCAAAGGCAAAAGCAGGAGUACAUUUACCCAUGCUAGAUGAACAUCCUACAAAAGAACAUAAAUAUUAUAAGAGUUUCAAAAAUGUUCAAAAGAGAAAUAGUGUAAAGGAGAAAAUAUACAAGCAUAUACCAUUCCUAUGCAAGUUCUUUAAGGAAAUCGAUACUGAAGUCGAGUCAGAAAUUAGACGUUAUUUGGACAUUAAGGAGAGAGAAAAACAAAAUUACCCAGUCAGAAAAGUAAAAGGGACGCAAAAACUUUUUAAUUUUCUUAGCAUGUACAGAGCAUUUAUCCCUCUUGAUGUGCUCGGAACACUUUCACACUGUUAUUUUUAG